AUGGCUCGCGCCCCUGCCCCGGCGCUUCUUGUCCAGCUCCGAAACGCAAGGUCAUUCUCAGAGCAAUAUUUGCUCCUUCGUCAGUUGAAGACUGAGAUCAUUGGACAUGUCCAGCGCCAGCAGAGAUGGGUUGUUCUUGGCAUCCUCGAGCCGGUCGUCCAGAUCCUGCGCAGCAGUAGAUCCCAGGCCAAGCCUAAUGGCAAGGACACAAAGACUUACUCCACAAUGUUGAAGCCACUCUCUGAGGAGGAAUCAGUGCGCUUGCAAACAAUCCAAAUUCUUGCUGGCUUCGCACAUGGUGGUCCAACAUUUCUUGCGCCGCUACAUGCUGCUGGAUCACUUCCAGCCCUUCUCGAAAACUUGUGCCCGACAGAAAACCACCCUCGCAUCGUCCUUGCUGCCAUCAAAGCCCUUCGAGCCUAUACCGAUGCCGCCACAUUGGCCUCCGCCGCUUGCCCCGUACAACGAGUAACCUUGGCCGACGAGAUAUUCGCCGAACCCCAUCUCGAGUCAAUACGCAGUAUUCUUGUAUCUCCUGGCACGUUUCCCAUUGUCUCAGUCAGCCUGGUGAACACUGUCACAGGGCUCCUUGGGGCGCUCUGCUGGGAAGAACGACACCAGGUUUCAAUCGCAAACUCCGGCAUACUGGAUGCGUUAGCCACGAAACUUGCCAGUAUCGUGGUCGCCCGCGGCGAGGUUGUUCCGGGUGCUGACGUUGUUGCGCAGAAUGAGGGCCUGGGGGAGGCAUUGCCAGAACCUGCGCCAUGUGGGACAAGCUUGGUUGCAAUAUUGGAAGCUAUAAACGCUAUUGUGGCCAAGUCAAGAUUACGGGCCUGUAUGCUCCUGUAUUCGCCCUCUAUACUCGCUGUUUUUCCUAGCAUGGACUUCAGGCCGCCAUCUGGGGAACUUCGGGCCACGUGGGACGCGUUGGAGAGUGUAGGAUUGGGCCUAUCACGUCCGCCUACCCUCGGAGCAGUUGAUCACCUGCUUCCCGCUACACCGUGCAAAGAGAAAGGCCCGGCGCCUCAAUUUCCUACUUAUCCACCAGUAGCUCCUGCAUCUGGGUCCCAUUUCACGAUUGGCAGGACAAGUACAAACGCCGGAUGGGAAUCUCGCCUCUUCCAGCCUACCCAUACGGCUGGCGAUAGCGGCGAGGAUGCUGAGGUUCCUCUGAUACCCUGGCUCAUUGCCCUGGUCAGGUCCACGACUGGCUUGGAGAGUUUGCUGGCAGUAUCCGUGCUCACGUCAUUGUAUAAGGCCGGCUUUGCGCACAAGUGCAGAGAGGCAGCUUUGGCAGCACUAGUCAUUCCACUUUUGAUGAAGAUACUCAAUGAGAGCGGUGAACACCCUUCAGUGCCAGCUUCAUCGGCCUGGGUAGAGCGUGAAACUGCUGCGAGAUGGUCUAUGCAGGAGCGUGCCCUCCUUGUACUGGCCCAUUUGAUCACUGACAGCGAAGUUCUUCAGAAGGCUGCCUUUGAUGGCCAGGCUGUCAAGACCACAUGUACACUUCUGAAGGAAGCUUACGAAUACCUGCCCUCCACGAAGAACAACCUCAAGAUAUGGAGUCCUACACCCAGAGAGGAUCAAGCCGAGGGUUUUGUGGACGCCAUCUCGGUGACAGACUCGCAUGCUCAGCUUCCAUUACAUAGGCACCGGUUACAACUGAGGGAAAAUGCCCUCAAAGCCCUGGCAGCACUACCCUCGAAGAACGAAUAUCGAAAGGCAAUUUGUGAUCAGGAUGGAUUUGCCUUCAUAAUCGAGUCCCUCAGCGAGCAGCCUACCAAGGUCGCAGGGUCCCGGCCAACGCCCUCGAUGCGCGAACAGCUUGCGAGAACAAACAACAGAUCUUCAGAUGACGGUAAGGAUACCACGGACACCGACACGCAAAACAAAAACCCAACUGAAGUACUCAUCGCUGCUUGCCAUACCAUUCGGAUGCUGGCACGAUCUGUCGCCAUCAUUCGAACCACCCUCCAAGAUUCGGGAGUUAUAGAUCCCUUGUACAAACUUUUGCGCCAUCCAGACGCGGAUGUUCAGACUGCUGCUACCGCGGCAGUCUGUAAUCUGCUGACUGACUUCAGCCCAAUGCGCGAGAAAUUUCUGGACCUCGGGAUCAUGAAGGUUCUUUGCGACCACGCCCACUCUGCUACACCUUCACUGAGGCUGAAUGCGCUGUGGGCACUCAAGCACUUGAUUUCUGGGCAGAGGCCAGAGAUGAAGAAGACUUGCAUGGAGGUUUUGGACCCUAACUGGUUGGCGCGCAUUAUUGCCGAAGACAUAGAAGAUCAAGCUCUUUUGGACAGGGCACAGGGUGAGUCUAGGCAAAACCGCAACACACCGGGCGAAUCAGCAGCAUCACUAGACGAAGAUGUAGAAAUGGAUCGCCCCGAAGAUGAACACCAAAGCAGCCAUGGCGACGAAGCUUGGGGUCCCACUGCGCCUCGUUAUGAACAAGCCCGACUCAGUCACGAACGUAGCAGGACUGGCAGGCUACGUCGUGCUGAGAGCAAACUGGCCGAACUGCGUGACAUAGAACAGAACCCGGUGCGCAAAGCCAGGAAAGAGGACCUCGAAAUUCAAGAACAAGGUCUCCACUUCAUCCGGAACCUACUUGUUACUUCGUCUGCGGGAAAUCACGGUGCGGGCGCAACCGCGGCCGGAUUGGAUCAACCUCAGGAUACAGAGGAGAUGGUCGACUAUUUGUUCGACGUCAUAGGCCAGGAUCGACUAUUCCACAUACUAUCCACUAAGCUCAGGUCACGGGUUGUGAACCCGUUCAAUCGCAGGUCUUCCGGCCACAACGGCGACAACCCAGCAGCCCGCGUCGUUUAUCCGCAUGUGAAGGUGGUUGAGGCAGUCAUCAACAUAUUGGUCCAUAUCGCAGCAAGCGUGCCGCGGCACAGGCAGAUUGUAAUAUCACAAGCUGAUUUACUGCGGCUACUGGCACCGCACUUUUCCAGUAACGACAAGGAAGUACGAGUAGCGAUAUGCCAACUUCUUAGCAACCUUACAUGGCGAGAUGAUACAUCUGACGCGACCAAGUCGCAAGAGCGAGCCGACCAGCUUGCUCACUUGGGGUUGGUCGACAGGCUCAAGAGCCUUCAACAACACGACUCGGAGCUUGAUGUGCGCGAGAGGGCUAAAGGGGCUCUCUGGCAGAUCAACCAGGGCUGUGGCGGCAGUCACUAGAAGGGUGCCGAACAUGGGCACGGGUCAGCUGGCCAUAGCUGGGCUUUGGGGGGCAAUCCGGUUGACUUUAGUCUCGGUAGAGACGGUACAGGCGACGCCGUAGGUGCCCAAGAUGCAUCAUUACCGCCACCUCAUUAUAUAUCACCACCAUUUUACAAUCCUUCCAUCGACAUUGUUGACGAUACGAACAUUCCUCUACCGAGCAGGCCUACUGAAGUAUCCAACAUGAAUGCCACUGUUCCGGCGCCUUCUAUUUUGCACACGGCUCCCAGUCCUCCUCUGACUCGAUAUUCAGUUUCCGAACUGCUGAGUCUCGGGGCACUUGACAGACGGUUAGAUGACGCAGUAAAUGCGCUGCUGGCGGGACUUCGGCAAGACAUAUUUGCCAGUCAGUCACCUGUAACUGGCACGAACGUAGUCCCUCGGGCUGCAAACGAAAACAACUUGGUAGUAGCGCACCAUCGCGCUAUCAUACUCGACCAAAUCGGGAUGUUGCCGCGGGAUUGGUCCGAGCGCUGGCCGAACCCGAAUGGCUUUACCUCGAUCACACACCGGGUCGAACGCCCAGUUUCAAGGAGGUGGGCCGUCGAUGGCACAGUACUGCGGCUGCGCGAGGGAGAGUAUCAAGUCGUCCUGUCUGACCAGGAGAGAGAGCGUAGCAGUGGAGAUGCCCCGCCAUACAAUGCCACGAUGCUUAUGUCCGUUCUACGGACAGGGACGAGGAAUAUUGUUCAUCUGCUUGGAGGCCGGUUACUGGAUGUAGAUGUGGACGAAAUGGUAUUCUUGGUUACUGUGGGGGUCAGCGCUGUGCUCGGUUGGCGCAGCGACGCAAACUUGCGUCGCUUCGUUGACUCGCAUAUCGACUCGCUGAUUUGGCGACCGAGAUUUUUAGAGACUCGUUCUGCAACGGAUACUGAUGGGCAGGCAGAGUGGGUGCCGGUCGAUGAUGGCAACGACGACAGUGACGAGGGGCGGGUGACAACCCCGCCAGGCGCCCCCAGUCGGCGCUCACGGUCCACGUCGAUGCCAGUCAACGCGCGCAUAAGCAUGUUGCAUAGGAGAUACCGGCGUGGUUCUUGGACCAUAACCGAACGGGUACGGCAGCAGCGGACUCGAGCCGGCCUUCAUGCAGUGGCAGAUUGGAUGGGUACGAGAAGUGGACUGCCAUAUACCCUUUUGCUCGCUGCUGUGCGGCAGAUGCUCAAUGAAACUAAUUGGGCUCAGCCAGCGCCUCGCCCCUGAUACUACAUAUCAGGAUGGUUACUCCCCUCUUGGUCAUCAAAGGCUAAAAAUUUAGCUAGCUACUUGUUAUGAUUUUAAAGGGCGCGACUUCGGGUGCGCGAUGCUGAGAGACAGCAUUGCAUCACAUUGUGCUAGUACUUCCACAAUGCAUUGUCUUUGGUUGUAUGGGAUAGUGAUAGAGCCUGCUAGGGCUCAUAACAGUCAUUUUGUUGCCUUGCGCAGAGAUCAUACACUUCAUUGCCUGUAUUUGUUUUCACCUGCAUAUGUUCAGCUUUUCAUGUCAUGACUGUCAUGACACAGCACGAAACCACCAGAGCAGACAUCUGGACAUGUAUACUUGGAUUCUGACUAGCGUUCUUUUUGUCUCAUUGCUGUUUAUUCUGCGUAACAUGUACAACCGGCGAUGACCUUUAUGCCGC